UUAUCUUUCCGACUCUUAAGGGCUUGGUAGAAUGAAAUGGUGUACAUCAAGAGUGAGGCUCUUGAGAGCUGGUUUUUCGAGAUCUGUUCGUGGGGUAACCUCGGGAAUACGAGAAGACACCACUACUGCGAAAAAUGUGAACGAAGUUCAGCCGUUUGAGGCGAUUCCUGGGCCUUUGACUGUUCCGGUGUUUGGAAAUUUGCUUCAUUAUAAGCUUGGAAUUUUUCGGCAACCGGAGUAUCACAAGGUUUUGCGGAAACUGCACCAGACUUAUGGUCCGAUUUGCCGUCAAAAAUUCGGAUCAGAAACAAUCGUCAGCGUUUUUGAUCCCAAUGACAUCAGAACAGUGUACCAAAGUGAAGGGAAAACCCCGACUGUUCCUCCGUUGCAAGAAACGACGCAAUUAUAUCGACUUCAGAGAAACAUGUCCCCUGGCCUCGGAAACACGUGA